AUGCGUCUCAUUUUCAGACAGGCGCUGAGCCUCCUCCUCGUGGGCGCCGUGGCCGCUGGCCUGGCCAAGCCCUAUGAGAAGAGGUCCCUUCGAGACAUUCAGGAGCGGACCAUUCUGCAGAAUGGCCAGGUUCGGAUUACGAACUACCCUGACACUCGCAUCGACCCUGCAAAAUAUGACUUCAACACAUACCCCCCCAAUGCCACAGAGAUCUCGUACAAGGGAAGGUGGGACUCGAAAUAUGUGUCCUGGUGGAGCGCACCUGGAAUCAAAUUCGGUUACACCGGACAGACAGUCGCCGUGAGCUUCGGAAACCUCACCUCAGACGGCGUGCUGGUCGGAUACCGCAUUGCCGGGCUGGACUGGCAGUUCACAAACAUCACCACCGGCGGCACGCACCUUCUAGUCACUGCAGACACCCCAGGCUCGGACCUGACCGGCCCCAUCUCCCCAAUGUCUCUCGAGCUGCGCGUGACCAACUGGGCCUAUGGCAUCCAGAUCGCCGCCGUCCACGUCGCCAAGGGCGAGACGCUCGUCAAGAUCCCAGACUUCGGCCGCAGGGUCGAGCUCAUCGGCGACAGUCUGACGAGCGGCAUGUACACGACGUACGAGGGCCUGUCGAGCUUCGGGUAUGGGAUCGGAGCCGGGCUGGGCGGGACCGAGUACAGCGUCACCGCGUUCCCGGGCAUAUGCGCGAGUGACCAGCAAUGCUGGGACAACGUGAGGGGCCAGUCGCGGCAGUGGUUUUAUAGCUGUGACACGAGCGAGAGGGCAGUGAAGCAGUAUGGAGAAAAACUCGAGAACGCAGAGCCCUGGGACUUCUCGAAGCAGUCGCCUGCGGACCUGGUUGUCAUCAACAUAGGAACAAAUGACCAGAAUGCCUACAACAACGUCUCUGCGCAGACCUACCAGGACAACCUCACCAGGUUGAUUCAAGGCGUCCACGGCGUCUGGCCAAACGCCCAGGUCGUACUGAUGACCCUCUGGCUCGGUGUGUCCCAGAAGGGAAACACCUACUACUCCGACGAGCCCGAGGGUUUCGUCCCCCAGAUCCGCGCGGUCAACGACUACUUCAACUCGCCGGCGUACCUGGAGAGCCCGACGGUCUACGACGGCGUGGCGAACCAGACCCGGAAGCUCAACGGCACGAGCGAGCCCUUCCUGCACCUGUUCAACACGAGCGGCAUCCUGCAGCACAACGACAUCGGCCCGCAGUACCACCCUACCGACGUCGGCGCCAUCAAGGUCGCGAGCCACGCGCUGCAGUUCAUCAGGCUGAAGCUGGGCUGGGAGCUGCUUGCUACGGGGCCUGAGAUUCAGCAUGAGACGCUCUACUGGAACGAUGAGCAGAAUUAUUAA